UUUUGACCAUCUUUCAAUCACCAUUAUGGCCACAAAUCAGGUGAACGUUGAUCCCAAGAUAAUUAAAAACACUCAAGAUACUCUAGGAAAAAUAAUUAAAAAACCUGUGCUAACUGAAAAGCUAUUAAAACGACCUCCAUUCAAGUUUCUUCAUGAUAUUAUUAUCAAUGUUAUCAAUUCAACGGGUUACAUGAAGGAAGUCUUUGAUUCAGACGAUCUUAAUCCGUCCAUCCAAAAGGAUAAAGAUGGGAAAAUAGACUUUCUACAGAAAGUAAUCGACAAUGUUGGCUCAACACUGAAAAAACCUGUCGACGUUAAAGCAGCUAAAAUUGUUGCUGGUCUUGAACCUGACAAGACAAAUCAAUUUUUACAAUCAUUGGCCAAAGCAGCCAUCGCUUAUGGACGCGGUAAAAAGGAAUCGCCCUCAACACCCAAAUCAACUGUCAAAAAUGUGAACAAACCACCAAUCAAUCAACGACCAACCGGUGUCAAAGCAACGGCAAAUACCUCUCAAUCUGGGUCAAAAGGAAAGAAGUCAUCUACUGUUACAAAUGAACAAUCGACAAUCAAUAAGAAUGGUGGAGAAAUUUCUAAGAUCCAUGAUCAAUCUACAGUGAAAUCAUCAGUUAUACCCAACGAGAUUAACAAUGAACCAGGAACAAGUAAGCCUAGUGAAGAGUCAGAUGAAAUGGAGGAUAUUAAUGGAGGUGAUAAUGAUAAUCCUAAUGGUAAUCUUAAAGGAAGAACCAAAAGCGCGUCAGAAAACAUUAAUAGAAACCAAGGAAAGAUAAAAGAUGACAAUAAGAUGAACGAUAAUAACGAUGAUCCUGGUGAAAGUAAACAGGAAAAUGAUGAUUCUACUGAUGAUCCAGGUGAAAAUGAUGCCUUAGAGGGAAUACAAAAUGAUAACCAAAAAGGCCUUCCUCAGUUGGUAGUCAGGCCUCCGACUGGAACUCAAAAGGCUUAUUCACCAAGAGCAUCUCCUAGGCCAAGUGCAAGACCUACAACUGCAAGAGCAGCUCCUCCUAAGGUUGUAUCGAAACGGGAAUUACAAGAUUCCCCUGGAACUGAUCAAUCACAUAUAAUACAAUCUUCUAAGCCUGUUGAAAAUUUAAUCUCUGAAAAACGCCGACCAGGCACUGCUCUUGGAAGGAAAAGUGUUCUUGGUAAUGCUGUUGAGCCAACUGAAGACUUUGGUAAUUUAGGUAACUCAAGUAAUGAAGAUGAAGACGAUGAAGAUGCCAUGUUUGUAGUCCAAGAGAUUAAAGAUGACAUUUCUGGCUCCAUCGAGUCAAGUGCAUUGCUACAAGCUCAUUCCACUGUUAAUGGAGAGGAUAAAUCUAAAGGUAGUCUGGUUAAGCAAUUGGUUGAAACAAAGGUUGCUCUAGAAGGUUCAAAUGCUGAUUCGAAACAACAGACGCCAUUUGACACACCUGGGCUACAUAAUAGGUUGGCAUCUCGUGAUAUAAACAAAUUGCGUGAAAAUAUUCAACGAUUAACUCAAUUGGCGACUCCAUUGGGUCGUAUAUUAGAUUACCUUCAAGAGGAUAUUAAUGCGAUUGUAAUUGAGCUUAGAAGUUGGGUUGAUGAACAUUCAAGAAACAUGGCUAAACUUAAAGAGGAGAAAAGUUCAAUUGAUACUCAUCUAGAGCCAUUAAGGAUACAAUUAGAGCAUUUUGAUGGUGAUAUUGCUCGUCUUCGUGAAAGUAUAAGUGUUAAAAGAGUUGCAAUCCUUAAAAAUGAGGAAAAAAUUGAAAGAAUUGUAAAAAUGGCAGUUGAAAAAGCUUAAGUAACCAACUUUCCCAAUGCUAAUUGAUUUAAACAUGUGAAAUAAUUAAAUAUCAAACAAUUUGAUCAAAAUAA